AAAAAUCCCAACACAAAAAAAUUGACUAUAUUAAUCAAUAUCAGACAAAAUUUUAAUAACAUCGAAAAUUUUGUCUUAGGAAGUGGAAGGUUGAGCAUCCAUUAUAAAUUUAGUAGUUUUUUACAACACUCAUAACACAAGAAGUGCUUUGAAAAAUAAUAUAAUCGAGAGAGAGACGCUUUUUGUCAAUGAUGGCCACUCCAACAGCUUCCUCCAUAACCAUUAGCUGCCUCUUCUGUGUUUCUCUUUUCCUUCUUCUCUGUUCCUCAAAAAAUGAUGCUUUGGGUGAUGGAGAGAGAAAGGCUAUGCAAAGCCACUUUCAUACAUUUCAAGUCAACUCUCUUUUACCAGCUUCUGUUUGCAGCCCUUCUAUCAAAGAUAAGAGGAAAGGGAGGACAGUGUCAUUGAAGGUAGUUCACAAGUACGGUCCAUGCUCUCAUCUACGCCCAGAGAAAACGAGUGCUCCUCCAACACUGACUGAAAUUCUGACUCGUGACCAGUCCCGAGUCAACUCAAUCCAGUCUCGACUCAGGCAAAACAGUCUAGAAAAGGACUCCUCCUCCUCCAACUCCAAGGCCACAACCACCAUCCCUGCGAAGUCGGGCAUCCCAAUUGGCAGCUUCAACUACAUCGUCACAGUCGGACUCGGAACCCCCAAAAAACAGCUAUCCCUCGUCUUCGACACAGGCAGCGCUUUCGUCUGGACUCAGUGCAAACCAUGCACCGUCUUCUGCUACAAACAAAAACAACCAAUCUUCGACCCAUCCCACUCAGCAACAUACAAAAACAUCACCUGUACCUCCCGACAAUGCUCUCAGCUUUCCUCCUCCACCAGCACCACCCCUAGUUGCUCAACCAACACCUGCGUCUACGGCAUCGGGUACGGCGAUGGCUCCACCUCCUUUGGUUUCUUCGCAUCCGAAACUCUCACAUUGACACCCUCCGAUGUUUUCCCCAAUUUCCUCUUCGGUUGCGGCGAGAACAACAAAGGUAAAUUCGACGGCGAGGCCGGGUUGAUCGGACUCGGCCGAUCUCGAUUGUCUCUCGUCUCACAAAUAUCUUCCAAAUAUGGGAAUUACUUCUCGUACUGUCUUCCAUCAACUCCCAGCUACACCGGAUCCCUAACUUUUGGAAAAGGAGGAAGAAGCUCCGCUGGAUCAUCUCUGCAAUUCACUCCAUUGCUAUCGAAAUCGAAAGAUCCUUCGUCGUACUACGUCGAUAUAAUCGGAAUCAAAGUCGGUGGCAAGACAUUAUCGAUCUCUCAAUCGGUGUUCAAGACCCCCGGAUCUAUAAUCGAUUCCGGCACCGCCAUCACUCGGCUUCCUCCGGCGGCGUACGAUGCGUUGAAAACGGCUUUCCGGCAACACAUGACGCAAUAUCGGUUGGGUAAACCCGUGUCGGGAUUCGAUACAUGUUACCGUGUGAAAAAGAACACGACUCUGAAGAUACCGAGUAUAAGCUUUGUGUUCAGCGGCAACAUCGAGGUUGCGAUUGACUACUCGGGGAUACUCCUUGCAGAUUCGUCCAAUGCCUGCUUGGCGUUCCUCGGAAAUAGUAACUCCUCCGAUCUGCUUAUUUUCGGAAAUGCACAGCAGAAGACGUUGGAUGUGGUCUAUGAUGUUGCAGGUGGGAAGCUGGGGUUUGGCCGUCGAGGUUGUUCUUAAGCUUGCUUAGACCUCUAUAUCACAAGGACGGAGAAUGAGAAAAAUAAAUCAUACGGUGGAGUAAUAUAAAUGGUAUGUGUAUUAUAUGAAUCCAGCGUUGAAUGGCAUGUAAUUCUAGUCUUAUCGUUUGAGCGAAUGGUAUGUAUUGUUUGAAUAAAUCCUAUGAAUCCAGAGUUGAAUGGUAUGUAUAUGUAUUCUUAUUGUUUGAAUGGAAGGAAUGUAAAUUAAAUUUUUACUAUCAAGAAUCAUGUUGGAUCUGGUUUUUUUUUUUUUUUCUUUUUUAGUUUUCUUAACUUCUAGUUUGAUCAUGUAAUAAUUAUUCUGGUGUGGAGGGUUGUUUCUCUUCUUUAUGUUCGUCUAUGGAAACUUUUAUCUUUCCUUCUAUAGAAAUUAUUUAUCUCUUUUUUGA